AUGGCAAAAAGAAAGAGAGAGAUCGCAGACAGGGCCCAGCCGGCGAAGGCUCUGAAGAGUGGGAAAGAAGUCGCUGCCUCGACCUCGAAAAAAACAGUACAGAUAGAGUCUCCAGCACCAGCACGCAGAAGCAAGGAAGCCGCAGUAGACGACCAGGCAGGCGCAAAGAACAAGGCAACAACAAUCACAACAGCCGGGGAAACCAAUGACACCACCACUGUUCAGAUCGUCACCGGCUCAUACGAAAGAGUUUUGCACGGCUUCACCGCAGCGAUACCCCAGGCCCUGAUCACGGGACAGGAUGAUGACGCCGUCGAGCAAGAUCAACCCAAGGUUAACUUUGCCGACACCUUCCUGUUCAACGCACACACUUCAGCGAUCCGCUGCCUUGCGCUGACACCCCCGACGGAUGAAUCUUCCAAGGUAGUCCUGGCCACUGGCAGCACCGAUGAGCGAAUCAACCUCUACACGAUAUCUACAGCCCCGCCCGCACCUUCUAAAUCUAAACCUCAACUUCCAUCAUUCCAUGGCACUUCAAUAUCGGAGAACUCCAGGAACAAGGAGCUCGGCGCCCUGCUGCACCACUCUUCCAGCGUCACCGCCCUACACUUCCCCUCCAGGGCCAAGCUUCUGAGUUCCUCCGAGGACAGCACCAUCACCAUCACCCGGACGCGCGACUGGGCACCGUUAUCCACCAUCAAAGCACCCAUACCGAAAGCCCAAGGCCGGCCCUCAGGCGACACCGCAGCUCCCGGCGAAGUCCCCGCAGGUGUCAAUGACUUCGCCGUGCAUCCCAGCAACAAGCUCAUGGUCACCGUGGGCAAGGGCGAGAAAUGCAUGCGUCUUUGGAACCUCAUCACCGGAAACAAAGCCGGCGUGUUGCAGUUCAGUCGCGACAUCCUCGCCUCCGUUGGCGAGGGCCGUUUUGGCAGCGGAGAAGGCCGCAAAGUUGUCUGGGACACCGAGGGCGAGGAGCUCGCCGUCGCGUUCGAACGCGGCGUCGUGGUCUUCAGUCUCGACAUGAAGGCGAAGGCGAAGAUCACCCCUACACCACGGACAAAAAUUCACCAGAUGCGCUACCUGCCCUCGGACACACACCCAGGCAUCCUACUCGUUUCCACAGAGGACGGCCGCAUAAUGUUCUACGAUACAAACUCCACGACUGAACCUGCAGCGGACGCCGAGAAGGAGGAUGAGAUCCCGCAGAGCAAUCUCGUUGCUGCCAUCGGCGGCCCCGCAGCAGGCUUCUCAGGCCGAGUAAAAGACUUCGAUCUUCUGCGGCUGUCUGAGGCUUCCUUCCUGGUCAUCUCCGGGAGCAGCGACGGCACGGUCAGGUUGUGGCUACUUCGCACAGACGAGUUGAAGACACCUGCGGAGUCGGAGAAGGGGUCGGGAUUCACAGCGCAGCAGGUUGGGCGCUUGCUAGGAACGUACACGACAGGCACGCGUAUCACGUGCUUGAAAUCUUUCGUUAUGACGGGUACGCCGGAUGCGGAGGAAGACGAGGAAGCAAUACCUGUGGAGAAAGACGACGAGUCGAGCAGCGAGGGUAGCGACUAG